CCGCGCACCGACCAGACGACGACAGUCCGUACGAGCCCCCGCGAUAUACUUUCACUAUCGUCGACGAACCGAUCGCACUCGUCGGCCAUAACGUCGCACCGUAACACGUCGCCGUCUUCCGUCCUAAUAAUAUAAUAAAGUUAUUAUUCGCCAUCGUAUUACCUGUAGGUAACACUGCCACCGACGACGACUCCGAUCGCACACUGUUAUAGGGAAAAAAGCUAAAAGGAGAUUCUAAAAAAACAUAUUCUACGCCGUUUCGGCAGUCUAUUUCUAAACGCCAUACCCGUAUAAUAUUCAUUCAGCGCGCGUUAUCGUGUUCUUUCAGUGUUUUCGGGUUUUUUUUUCUCAUCGAUUUGUUCUCCUCUCUCGUUCGCGAUGUAUCGGCCGGCUCAUCCAUCCAUGUGUGCGGGACGAUCGGUCUAGAGACGUUCGAUUUGAAUACCAUCGUAAUCGCAUUGCGCACUGAGUCGUUGUUGGCCAAACACAGAGCACAAUACGAUCAACUUCUAUAAAAAAAAGAAUAAAGCCAGCAUCAAGCCCUAGCGCACGUGCAAUUAGGAUGAUGGUGACACCAUCGUACACAGCCGCCGCCGAUCGUCCGGUGUCGAUGGCACUCCGGGCGUACCUGUUGAUCACGGUAAUCGCCACCUUUUCCCGACCCACCGAAGCCGUCCUUUCCGUGAACGCAACACCUGAAUACAUUCAUUCGUGUCGUAAGGCGGACGUUCAAUUCAAUAGUUGCAUAAAAGAAACAUUCAACCAUCUUAGGCCCUACCUCAUCGAUGGUAUCGAAGAGCUUACCGUGCCUCCGAUCGAACCAUUGGUUAUACCAAAAAUGCAAAUGGAAAAUGGUCAUGGUGCAGUCAGGGUGAGGGCCAUACUCAGUAAUAUGACCAUACACGGCGCGAGCAAUUAUACAGUUUUAAACGUCAGGAGUGAUAUGAAUAAGUACCGCAUAGACUUAGGACUUUUCAUACCACACAUCGAAGCCACUGGAAACUACGAUGUCAAUGGAAACGUGUUACUAUUACCCGUUAGAAGUAGAGGAGAAUUUUGGGCGUCCUUCGAAAACGUAACGGCCUUAGCAAAAUUAUAUGGAGUUGAGGUGAAUAAAGAAGGAGUGAAAUUUAUGAAAACUGAAAGAUUGGGCAUUGGUUUUAAAUUGGAGAAAUCAGAUUUUAAAAUCAAAGAUGCCAUCAACAUGCAAAACGUCAUAGGUGAAGCAAUGAACGUAUUCUUGAAUGAAAAUUCUGCAGAGAUCAUUGAAGAAAUGAAACCCGCUGCUUCGCAAGCCAUUGGCAAACAUUUCAAAAAUUUCUUGAACAACGCGUUCUUACAAAUUCCACUUAAAGUGUGGCUGAAAGACUCCGAAUAAUUUAACCUAUAACUUUUCAUGUCUAUCAUUUGUUUUGUAAUUUCCUUUACCUUUUCAAUACUAUAGUGAGUAGUUUUAUAUUUAAGCAUCAUUUAGGUAUUAUAUACGCAUAGGUACUCUAAUUCUCAUAAUAUAUGUAGUUUUAUAUUCGUAUAUUUAUUUAAGUUACCACACAUUGAACAAAUAUUGACAUAGAAUUUCUAUAAUGUAGACUAUAUUUUUACCAUUUAUAUUUGCCAUUUUGUAUAUGUAAGUACAUUAUACAUAAUAUAGGUAUAUCGUAUAUUAUUAUGUCAUCGUAUUUUUCGUACGGGUUUUUUUAAAUCGUAAUAGUUACUUUAGAAGUAGUUUAUUGACAAUUUUUUAUUACUUAUAUAUUUAUAAUCUCCUAUUGAUUAUUAUUUUAGUUUUGAAUUAGUUGUAUGUGUUUUGUACGCAAAAUGUUUGAAAAUUAUAACGCGCUGCCGGGUGACAGUGCAAUACUAAAAUGGUACCUAUGUUUUACAUUGCACAUAUACAAUUUUAAUGUGCCAAAAGAAAAUAUAGUUCAUUAAAUUUUAAGGACAAAACUUUUCUUUAAGAUUAUUGUUUAUGACCCAUUAUAUAAAUUUUAUGUUUUUUUUUUAUUAUUAAUGUAGGCUUGUUAAACAAAAUACCUACAGCUUAAUAUGUUGAGAGAGAAACGUUAUAAAUUAAAACUAUUAACAUAUAUUACUGUAUAGUUUUAGUUAUAUUCAACGUGUAUUCUUAUAGAAUGAAUGAAAAAGAGUUUCAUUUAUUUAAUUCCAUAUUUAUAUAUUUAAUCAAAUUAUCAAUAUUAAAUAUUAAUACUGCUAUAAUAAACAAGAAUGACCUACUUAGUAUUUUGAUUUCAAAAUCUUUAUUAUAUUAUAAUUCAUAGAUACUACAAUGUAGAUCAUUUAUGAAUGAACUCGAUUCCGUUCAAAGAAAUUUCAUUAAUUUUUUUAUAUGUGUUUUUACACGAUUAAAAUAAAUUUUAUUUUUAAAUAAUGGGGUAGUUUUAUUAAAAUAAUUGAGAAUUGCGUACGAGUUUCACCGUAAUAAAAAUACGACAACCUUGGUUAGUGAUCACCAGAUUUGUCUGAAUGAUAAAUGUGUGAUUAAAAAAAAAAAA